AUGUCGCGGCAACUCUUUUCUACCUUUGUCGGUUAUCAGGUGUGGUACUGGCAACUGGGUUUUACGACUGGUUUGGUAGCUGCAGCAUAUUUACAUGACCAGCACCCGCAACAAUGUAAAAGGAACUUAUACGUGAAAUGUCCGACCUGA